GACUUCCUGUUUAACUUUUUCUACCAGAAGUCGACACACCUAAAUGGCAGGAGGGAGAUAAAGGGUGAAGAGUUAAAUUUAAAAAAAAACAAAACAAUUGUUUGAAACAAUUACUGCCAAACACCAUGGAAAAGCUCCGACGUGUACUAAGCGGUGCAGAGGAUGAAGAGCAAGGGUUAACUGCUCAGGUCCUGGAUGCCUCCUCCUUAAGCUUCGGCACCAGAGUGAAGUGGUUUGCGAUUUGUUUCGCUGCUGGGAUUUUGUGUUCCAUUCUUGGCACAGGAUUGCUCUUCCUUCCCAAUGGAACCAAACUGUUUGCAGUUUUUUACACACUAGGCAAUCUUGCUGCUCUGUUUAGCACCUGCUUUCUGAUGGGGCCAGUUAAACAAAUUAAAAGGAUGUUUGAGCCAAACCGAUUGAUUGCCACCAUUGUCAUGCUGCUGUGCCUUGCCUUGACACUGUGUGCAGUAUUCUGGUGGCAUAAAAAAGGACUGGCCAUUAUUUUCUGUAUAUUGCAGUUUUUGGCAAUGACAUGGUACAGCCUUUCCUACAUUCCAUUUGCAAGGGAUGCCAUUAUCAAGUGCUGCACGACAUGCCUAAAUUAAAAAGCCAACAUUUCUCAAGAGUAUUUUAAAACAAAAUGAAAGCACUGUUUCCAGACAACUCAGCAAGGCCAGAAGAUUAACACACAGUUGUUGUUUUUUUUGUUUGUUUGUUUCCUUUGUACAGUAUAUAUGUAAAAAAAAAUAUAUAUAUAUAUAUGUUCUCAUCUGAAUUCUUAAGAUUAGUUAAAAUCUUAACACAAUAAUGGUGAUAUUAGAAAAUAAGUAGUUAAUAUAAUGAUUAUUAUGCCAACAGUUUGCUGUAUAAUAUUUGCACUUGCAAAGUUUGGAGAUCAUUAUAAAAAUAAAAUUGAAGUGAAUGUUCACAUGGUGAGAGAAAGGGAUGUUUGCCACUUUGUGAUCACCAUGAAUAUAACCUUGUUAAUAAUGUGAAUAUCAAUGCCAUCCAACAACUACCAUUCAGCUACCUUACUGUAGAAUGGCUUAUUUUUGCAUUUAUACUACAAAACAUCACUCCAUUAAAAUAAAUAAAAAUAAAA